GCGGGAGCUGAAGCCCGGCCAGCGCCAGGCCACUCGGCGCCAAGGCCCGGGCUCCGACCGCACCAGAGUCAGCAGCCGGCGGGGGCCGUGGCGUGGGGGAAGAUGUCCCAGUCCACCUCACCCGACGGAACCACGUUCGAGAACCUCUGGAGCUCCCUGGAGCCAGACAGCACCUACUUUGACCUUCCUCAGUCGAGCCGGGAGAACAACGAGGUGGUGGGCAGUGCGGAGGCCAGCAUGGACGUCUUCCACCUGCAGGGCAUGGCCACUUCUGUCAUGUCCCAGUUUAAUCUGCUCAGCAGCACCAUGGACCAGAUGAGCAGCCGCGCAGCCCCGGCCAGCCCCUACACCCCGGAGCACGCUGCCAGUGUGCCCACCCACUCACCCUACGCGCAGCCCAGCUCCACCUUCGACACCAUGUCGCCUGCGCCUGUCAUCCCCUCCAACACUGACUACCCCGGCCCCCACCACUUCGAGGUUACCUUCCAGCAGUCAAGCACAGCCAAGUCCGCCACCUGGACGUACUCCCCCCUGUUGAAGAAGCUCUACUGCCAGAUUGCCAAGACGUGCCCCAUCCAGAUGAAGGUGGCCACGCCCCCACCCCCCGGCACUGCAGUCCGUGCCAUGCCGGUCUACAAGAAGGCGGAGCAUGUGACUGAGGUCGUGAAGCGCUGCCCCAACCAUGAGCUGGGGAGGGACUUCAAUGAAGGACAGUCUGCCCCAGCCAGCCACCUCAUCCGCGUGGAGGGCAACAACCUCUCGCAGUAUGUGGACGACCCCGUCACGGGCAGGCAAAGCGUCAUGGUGCCCUACGAGCCCCCACAGGUGGGAACGGAAUUCACCACCAUCCUGUACAACUUCAUGUGCAACAGCAGCUGUGUGGGGGGCAUGAACCGGCGGCCCAUCCUCAUCAUCAUCACCCUAGAGACCCGGGAUGGACAGGUGCUGGGCCGCCGGUCCUUCGAGGGCCGCAUCUGUGCUUGUCCAGGCCGUGACCGAAAGGCUGAUGAGGACCAUUUCCGUGAGCAGCAGGCCCUGAACGAGAGCGCCGCGAAAAGCGGGGCAGCCAGCAAACGCACAUUCAAGCAGAGCCCCCCGGCCAUCCCCUCUCUGGGGGCCAACGUGAAGAAGAGACGGCAUGGGGACGAGGAUAUGUACUACAUGCCCGUGCGGGGCCGGGAGAACUUUGAGAUCUUGAUGAGGAUCAAGGAGGGCCUGGAGCUGACGGAGCUGGUGCCGCAGCAGCUGGUGGACUCCUACCGGCAACAGCAGCAACAGCUCCUGCAGAGGCCGAGCCACCUGCAGCCCCCGGCUUACGGGCCCGUCCUGUCGCCCAUGGGCAAAGGGCAUGGCAGUACCAGCAAACUGCCCUCCGUCAACCAGCUGGUGGGCCAGCCUCCCCCGCACGGUUCAGCAAGUGGGCCCAGCCUGGGGCCUGUGGGCCCUGGGGUGCUCAACAGCCACAGCCACCCGAUGCCAUCCAAUGGCGAGAUGAACGGUGUCCACAGCUCGCAGCCCAUGGUCUCGGGGUCCCACUGCACCCCGCCACCUCCCUACCAUGCAGACCCCAGCCUCGUCAGUUUUCUAACAGGCUUGGGGUGUCCCAACUGCAUCGAGUAUUUCACCUCGCAGGGGUUACAGAACAUUUAUCACCUGCAGAACCUCACGAUCGAGGACCUCGGGGCCCUGAAGAUCCCAGACCAGUACCGGAUGACCAUCUGGCGGGGCCUCCAGGACCUGAAGCAGGGCCACGACUACGGUGGCUCGCAGCAGCUGAUCCGUGCCAGCAGCAACGCGGCGGCCACCCUUGCAGUGGGUGGCACGGGUGAGCUGCAGCGGCAGCGGGUCAUGGAGGCCGUGCACUUCCGUGUGCGCCACACCAUCACCAUCCCUGGGCGCACCGGGCCCACUGGCCCCGAUGACUGGGCUGACUUUGGCUUCGACCUUCCAGACUGCAAGGCCCGCAGACAGGCCAUCAAGGAGGAGCUCACAGAGGGUGAGAUUCACUGAAGGCCACCAGACCAAGGGACAUGCCAGACAUGCAGGAGCGGGUGCUUACAGCCAAGCCCCAGAGAGCCUGGAUCUCGCUCCUCCUUUUUGUCAGAUACUGCCCCCUCGAGGCAGGGCCUCUGGGCUGUGCCUGGGGAGGCAGGCAGCGAGACCUGCCCCACAGCCAGGCCAUGCUUCAAAAGGACGUCGCAGACCUUCAGUCACCUCAGGAGACGCUAUUGGGUCACCAAGGCACCCAGGGACAGUCUGAAUCUCCUGGUGGUAACUUCUGGAACUGCUCUACAUGUGGGCUUCCGGGCAGACAUGGCCAAGGCUACCCAGAUUGGACCGGAACCCAAGCCUGGCCUCCUGUUCUCAGCCUGCUCUUCACCUCCAGCACGGAGCAGAGGCAUGGAGAGACGUGAAUCUCAUCCCUGGCCUGCAGUGGUGGCGUGGGGGGACCUGGGUCACUGGGCCAGCCUCUCAACUUCUCCACUUGUCUUCCUGAGGACUCCCACCUUCUGGGAGAGGCCCUUUGCGAUAAAAGGGUCUGCCUUGCUGAUGGACUGCCAAUGAGUAUUUCCUGAGAUCCUCUGCUUCUGGAUAGCCAUGAGCAGCUAGGUGUUGGUGUUGAAGACUUGAGCUGAGAGUUUGUGUGCAGGCCUCUGGGAACACACACACGUGUGUGCACAUGCAACAGUGUUGUGCAAAGAAAACACUCAUUUUCAGGUGAACGUCCCCAAACUGUGUCUUCACCUCAAGCUGGGCCAGGCACUGCCCCUGCUGGGCUGAGGGCCUAUCUGGAUCCCCAGCACAAUUGAACUCUAGUUCCAGCCCCGCUCCGCACUGACCACCCACUUUCUGCUCACAAUGAAAAUGAGCGUCUGGCAGGAACUGGAGAGAAGACUGGGGGGAAAGGGAUUAGGAGAUGCUUGGCCCUGCUGGGGUGUGCAGAAGAUUCUGGUGAAUCCACAACUGACCAGGUCCCAUGCAAAGGCUGCUGGUCAUGGUCACCCCUCUUCAGGUGACCCCCCUCAGCUGACAGCAUGUCCCCUAGUCUAUUGGAAAUUGUCGAUAUUUGAUAAAAUGGUACCCUUUUCUACAUGGCAGGUCAGCUUUUUCUUUAAACCUUCCUUUGCCAUCAUUCCCCAAGAGCUCAACUAAUGCAGUCCCAGCUUCCCCACCCAUCAGUGCCAAAUGCGCCUGCUCCAGCUGCUGGUCCCCAAUGGCUGGUGGGACAUGACAGUGUGAGGGCUGUGCAUGGGGAGGGAUAACCCUGGGUAGGCACUUUUGUUGCCUUGGGGUGUUCUCCACUUGAAGCUCCUCUUCCUAUGGCUGCUUUGGUGAGUUGGCAGUGGGUGGCCUUUGUGGGGAUGGGGGAGCCCAGCCCCUGGAAAUGGCAGGCAGCAGGAAGGCCAACCUGGGGCUCAGAGGCUGGGUCCUGGGGCUCUGCUGGUGUGGCUCCGUGCCCCGCUGGGCCAGCACUGAGGCCUCCUCACUGAAGGCUGUUGUGUUUGGCUGAAGAGUGGCAGGCCUCCUGCGAGGCGCAUCCAGAGGUCAAACUCCACACCUUUCCUCAUGAAACAGAAUGUGCGUAUCAGAACGCCAGUUUCUUUGUUAGAUUUCCAGUCUCCUUAGGAAGCCAGACAUCUGAACGGGAGGAGGUGUCAGUUGUGUUAAAAUGUGUUGAAAUGUGGCUCACAGGGCAAGCACGCUCUCCAUGCCUCAGCUGCCAGCUCCCAUGGCAGAGAGCAAAGCCACAAAGCCUCGUCCACCCUCAAACACCCCGAUCAGGGUUCAGUUUCCAGGUUAGGACCAUGGCAUCUUGGAAAAUCGCAAGUGUAAGAUCACCUGUCUGUACUUAUUUAAAAGCAGCAGUUUGUACUGACACAGGUCCAUGUGUCCCUCUCUCCUGUCCCUAGUGUGGGCACAUCUUUAGAGGAGAGACGGGUUGUCCCGAGAUUCGGAGCCACCCAGGUGAUUCCAGUUUGCAGGUGAGGCUGAGACACCCUGGGACAACAGAGCCAGUUCAUUCCAACUGUGGGGCAUGCUCUGACUGACGAGCUCAGGGGAGGUCAGCUUCUCAGGGAGUCACAGAUUCCUUGGAGAAUUCAGUCUCCCAGGAUAACCCACCUGUGUCCAGAUAGCCAUAGUCUUGGCCACCACAGCAGCUGCAGCCCUAAGGGUUUAUAAUGAGCUGGGUCUGGCAGUCCUUUGCGUGUACGUCCCCUCACUGCCCACAGCACUGGGGGGUGAGUGUUAUUUUCUUGCAUCUCACACAUGAGGAAACUGAGGCACAGGGAGGCUGUGGUUGCUCUGGGCUUCCAGCCCCAUUUGCAGUAGAACUGGAUUAAAGCCUGGCGGCUGGCUCAAGGCUGCACACAUCGAGACCCAUUGGUGCUGCCUCCUACCAUUUCAGGAGGCCCCCAAGCCCACUCCUGGGCCCUCUGAAAACCAGUUUGCAUCAGGUCAACUCUAACUCGUGAUGACCCCAUGUUGUGUCAGAGUAGAACUGGGCUCCUUAGGGUUGGUUUUCAGUGGCUGAUUUUUCAGAAGUAGAUUCCCAGGCCUUCUUCCAAGGCACCUCUGAAUGGAUUCACACUUCCAACAUUUCGGUUAGCAGCCGAGCUCGCUAGCCACUUGCACCACCCAGGGACCCGCAGACCCAGGCUGAGACGCAUCUGAAUUCCUGGGCCUCCUGUGGAUUUGUUUCUUAGCCACGCUCACCCCCGCCACCCCGAGUCUGUCCAUUCAGGGGAUUUUUACAAGGGCCCUCUUGCGCUCCUGGGAAGAGCUAAUAGGGCUGGCAGGCACAGAGCAGGGUGGCCAGGUCUGAAGGGCCUCACCAGAUCCCCCAGCCACCCAGCUGAGGAAGGACGCUCAAGAAGGUCCUGCCCAGCAGUCUCUAGAAGGCUCAUAGGCUGUGCGCGAGCCUCACGCACUCGUCCGACGAGUUCACACAUCCGCUGGCCUUUUCCUAUCCUGCUGAUGGAGGACCACCUUUGGAGAGAAAAAAAACUACUAGAAGAAACAGUAUAAAUUUCAACAUGGGCAAGAGAAAAUGCACGUUGCCAGGACAGUCAUCCUUAUGAGUUUGAACCCUUGUUCUUUGAAACUCAGGAAUCAGGGAAAAGUAUGCAAACCUCGAUGGCUUGAUGCGUUCCCAGUGGUGAUGAGGCAGCCCGGAAGUUGCCUGCUGCCCUGUGGCUGGGAUGAUAAGCCAUGUCAAGGACCUCGUGAAGUCUGUAGUGUCAGCCGAGUACAGAUGAGGACACGUGGAAAGAGCCACCCACAACUGAUUCCAACUCAAAGUCAGUCCGAGGUGCUUUUGGUAAGCAGCCGUGUAUCUAACCAGUCUCUCGCCCGUUUCGCCCGUCCCCGUUUCAUAUCUGCUUUGGCCGCAAAAAAAAAAAAAAAUUUUUUUUUUUUUGGCCACCGGGGCCGGUGUGUUGGGGGAGGUUAUUUUGCACCAGGUUGCACACCCCCAAUGGGAAUCGGGCACCCACUGUAAUCUGUUGCUUUUACUUCAGGCACACAAACCUACGUUUCUAUGUCAUUGUCGAUAAAGCACUUUAAUGCUUUCAGGUUUUUAAAAAGUACCGCCCAUGUUUUUCAUGUAAUCUAAUGCUUCUUCAGGCAGUAUUAAUGGAUCUAUUCCAACAUGGUGAAAUUUUUUGGUAAUGUAACCUUGGGAAAAUGUGUUAUUUUUUUAGCUGUGUUUCGGUGGGCCUUUUUGUUUGUGUAACGUAAUAAAGCACAUAUUCUGACGAUGGUCUCUGCUGAGUAAAACACUUCCCACAGGCUGGGCACGACCAAAUUGCACCCAUCCAGGGACUCAGAUAACAUCACCACCACCAACACUCUAGAAAGGGUGACUCCUCGUGGGCAAGGGCCGCGUGGCAGCCCCACAGGCUCCCACCACCUUACCUAAACUCCUGUUCUAAGAGUCUGCAGGAACCGGCUGCCCUCCCCCUGUGCUGGAGAGGCACCUGCCCAGCCACCCUCCCCCUGCACCUGAGUGCCGUGUUCCUGGC